AUGCCGUCAAAUGGAAACACUUUGGCUGGCAACUACUCCAUUCCCAGCUCGCUAAAGAACGAGCUCGAGAAGGAAUUCGAGAGAGAUGUAUCGGUGCCAACUCAAGAAGUGCAAGAUGGAAUCAACAAGAACGACUAUAACCGGCAAAGAUUCCUGAGAAACAUAGAUUUGAAUUUCGAUGAUGAGAAGGAGAAGGAAGCGAAAGACGAAAAUGGUGCCUCGGGCAAGAAACGAGGUCUUGAGGUUGAGAAUGUUCCGAGUAAAAAGAGGAAAGAUGCCCUGCUAAAUAGCCCCCCAACGAUACAGGCGUUGCAGGAGAAUCGGCACGAGCUGAGCGUGGCUGCAAAGGAAUACUAUGCCCCGCCCACCAAUGAAUCAGGAACUUUAGCUGCAAAAUCAUCGCUUGCAUUAUCACUUCCUGGAGCACAGGGGCUCGACUAUUUCAAAGAGGAAGAUGCCAAGCACUUUGGUGAACUUUUGAAAAUCAAGCCCGAGGACCUCACCGAGGACGAAAAGAAACAGGUGCUGUCGAUGAAGCUAGUGCUACGGGCCAAGAACGGGACGCCCAUAGUGCGCAAGCGAGCAAUGCGAGCAUUGACUGAAAAUGCAGUCAAAUUUGGUCCCAAGACGUUGCUAAGUCAAAUCUUGCCCGUGAUAUUGGAGCCUUCAAUUGCUCCCCAGGAACGACAUUUGUUGGUCAAGAUGGUUGGCCGGAUCAUGUCGCGGUUGAAUGACUCCAUACGGCCCUAUACGCUGAAAAUCAUCCACGUGCUAUCGCCCUUUUUGAUCGAUGAAGAUUCAACAACGAGGAUGGAAACGAGCGAGAUCCUCGUCAACUUGACGAAAUCUGUCGGGUUUGCCAAUAUGAUUGCAUCCGUGAGACCCGAUUUGGACCAUGUUGACGAGUAUGUGCGGAAUCUAACUUCCAGAGUCUUGGCUAUUGUGGCAAAUACAGUUGGGUUCAACCAGUUUCUCCCCUUUUUAAGAGCAGUGAUUCGAUCGAAAAAGACAUGGACGGCACGGCACACGGGAAUUAAAGUUGUUCAGCAGUUGUGCAUCAGUUUGGGCAGCGGCAACGGGUCCACUUUGCUCCCGUUCUUGCCUCAACUAGUCGACAUUCUAGCUCCAACGAUUCACGAUGAGAUGCUGCAGGUCAAGACAAUUACUGUAUUGACCUUGGCUCAGUUGGCUGAAAAUGUUUCCCCUUUUGGUAUUGAUUCGUUCGAGCUGAUCUUGGAGCCAUUGUGGUAUGAGAUUCGAAGACAGAGAGGUCGGGGACUUGCAGCGUUUUUGCGAUGCGUGGGUGCGUUGGCGCCGUUGAUGGCGUAUGAUGCCCGAUACGAAGAGUAUACAAACUAUUACGCUAGGGAAACUAUCUACUUACUUGCAAAUCAUUUCGGCGCACCCGAUGAAGACAUGAGGAAAUCGAUUUUGAACGUGUUGGUGAAGCUCCCAUUGACACGAGAUCUUGUGCCUGAUUACAAUUCUAGUUUAAUUGUACCUUUUUUCAAAGCCUUUUGGAACAGGCGAACUGCUACUGACACAUCGCAAAUCCCUAGGUUGGUUGUUUCCGCAACCAACCAUCUUGCAAACAGAUUUGACAUUCUUUCAAUCUUGCGGAGCGUUGUUUAUUACACCAAAGAUGAUAAUGAGCCACUACGGAAACUCGCUGUUGAAGCAAUCAACUUGCUUAUAGCCAACAGUCGCGAUGAGCUCAUUGCAAUGACCAGCGAUGAAGUGCGAGUUUUGGUGGACGGGGUGCUCUUUGCCUAUCAGGAGCAAACGACGCAAAACAAGAUUUACAUUCAAGCGUUUGGCUCCGUGGCUAUGGCACUUGGCACCAGGCUAAAACCGCACUUGAAUUCGAUAAUCAGUAGCGUGCUAUACCGAAUGAAAAACAAGUCACCGGAGAUUAGACAGCUGGCCUGCGAUCUAGUUGCCAUUAUAGCACCCGUCAUUAGACAAAACAGCGACGAUGAAGGGGAUUUCUUGUUGAACAAGUUGAUCUUGAUAUUGUAUGAGUCCCUUGGUGAAGUUUACCCCGAGGUUCUCGGGUCCAUCAUAAAUGCCUUGUAUUCGUGCAUCAACACCAUGAGCGAACAGAGCCUUUUGCAGAUGACAAAUCCGUCAGUGAACCAGCUCUUGCCGACACUCACACCCGUGUUGAAAAACAGGCACGAAAAAGUGCAGGAAUCGAGCAUCAAGCUAGUGGGACUCAUUGCUAAAAAGCAAGCAGAGACCAUCAACGCCAAGGAAUGGAUGAGAAUCUGUUUUGACUUGUUGGAGAUGUUGAAGUCUACCCGGAAGCGGGUCCGGGUCGCCGCUAAUGCAACUUUUGGUUACAUUUCUCGCACAAUUGGUCCCCAGGAUGUCAUCGUGAUGCUUUUGAACAAUUUAAAAGUGCAAGAACGUCAACUCCGUGUCUGCACCGCGGUGGCUAUGGGGAUUGUUGCCGAAACGUGCCAGCCGUUUACCGUUUUACCAGCGAUUAUGAAUGAGUACCGAACGCCGGAAAAGAAUGUACAAAACGGAGUUCUUAAAGCGUUGAGUUUUAUGUUUGAGUAUUUGGACGGUAAGACGACCAAGGAUUACUUGUUUGCCAUUACGCCCUUAUUGGAAGACGCCUUGAUUGACCGCGACUUGGUGCAUCGGCAAACUGCCGCAACCGUGAUUUUCCACAUUGCGAUAAACUCAUAUGGGUUGAUCGAUAGCGACUAUGGUGAUGUCUUUUUGCAUUUUCUAAAUUUGAUCAUCCCUAACAUUUACGAAACUUCACCUCAUGUCAUUUCGAGGAUUUUGGAGAGUUUAGGUGCCUUGCGAUUGGUCUUGGGUAAUGGAACGUUCAUGAACUAUGUGUGGGCUGGAUUGUUUCACCCAGCGAGAAAAGUGCGCGAUCCUUUUUGGAAAGUGUUUAAUAACGGUUAUGUUCAAUGUGCCGAUGCGUUGGUUCCCUUUUACCCCCGGCUUGACAAUGUUGAAGUUGGCGAGGGUGGAGACAGCGAAAAAGGCGAGGUUGAUACAGAGAAUGCGAGGUUUACGUUGGAAGAACUAGAUCUUUGUCUAUGA